AUGGUGAGUCCCGGCGCGAUAAAUGCACUAGAGGGAGAAGCCGGGCAGCCCCAGAUCAAAAAGGCCGCAUUCGAGAUCACCAAGAAGAAGGAGGUGGGUGUUUCAGACCUCACGCUAUUAAGCAAGGUCUCCAACGAAGCAAUCAAUGAAAACCUCAAGAAGCGCUUUGAACAUGGCGACAUAUACACCUAUAUCGGCCAUGUGCUGGUGUCCGUCAACCCGUUCCGAGACCUGGGUAUCUAUACCGACCAAGUGCUGGACAGUUAUCGGGGCCGGAACAGACUCGAGGUCCCUCCGCAUGUGUUUGCGGUGGCAGAAUCGGCGUAUUACAACAUGAAAGCAUACAAGGAAAAUCAGUGUGUCAUUAUUUCAGGAGAAUCGGGCGCAGGCAAGACCGAAGCUGCCAAACGGCUCAUGCAGUACAUUGCCAGCGUCUCCGGUGGCACCGACUCUCGGAUCCAGAAGACCAAAGACAUGGUGCUCGCCACCAACCCUCUGCUCGAGUCUUUCGGGAACGCCAAAACACUCCGAAACAACAACUCGUCACGUUUCGGAAAGUACCUCGAGCUUGAGUUCAACGAAAGUGGUGAGCCGGUGGGGGCCAAAGUCACGAAUUACCUGUUGGAAAAGACACGAGUGGUGGGACAGAUUACGAACGAGCGGAACUUCCACAUUUUCUACCAAUUCACGAAAGCCGCGCCCAAGGAGUAUAGAGAAACCUUUGGGGUCCAGCCUCCACAAUCCUACGUUUACACGAGCAAGUCCAAAUGUUUCGACGUGCCGGGGAUAGAUGACACGAGUGACUUCAAUGAGACGCUCCAGGCCAUGCGGAUUAUCGGUCUGACGAAGCCUGAGCAGGACAACAUCUUCCGGAUGCUUGCGGCGAUCCUGUGGACAGGGAACAUCACCUUCCGAGAAAACGACCAGGGAGGAGUUGACAUUGCAGACUCAUCUGUGGUGGAUUUCUUGGCUUAUCUGCUGGAGGUUGACCCGUCGCAUGUGCACAAGGCUCUGACUGUGAGAAUCGUGGAAACCUCCCGCGGCGGAGGACGACGCGGAUCGAUCUACGAGUCUCCUCUCAAUCCCGUGCAAGCGACCGCCGUUCGGGAUGCCUUGGCAAUGGCCAUCUAUUUCAAUCUCUUCGACUGGAUUGUCGCUCGUACAAAUGCCUCCUUGAGGACUCAAGGCGUCGUGAAGAACACGAUCGGUAUUCUCGACAUUUACGGCUUCGAGAUUUUUGAGAAGAACUCUUUUGAGCAGCUGUGCAUCAACUAUGUCAACGAAAAGCUGCAACAGAUCUUCAUUCAGCUGACCCUCAAGGCUGAACAAGAAGAGUAUGCCCGUGAACAGAUUCAGUGGACUCCGAUCAAGUAUUUCGAUAACAAAGUGGUCUGUUCCCUGAUCGAAGAUAAGCGACCACCAGGAGUGUUUGCCGCUCUUAACGAUGCUUGUGCGACGGCACAUGCCGACUCGACAGCUGCUGAUCAAACCUUUGUCGGCCGUCUGAAUUUCUUGUCUAGCAACCCCAAUUUUGAGAACAGGCAAGGCCAGUUUAUCAUCAAGCAUUAUGCGGGUGACGUGAACUACCAGGUUGCCGGCAUGACGGACAAGAACAAGGAUCAAUUGUUGAAAGAUCUGCUCAACUUGGUCGGCGAGAGCUCAAACAGCUUCUUGCACGAGCUGUUCCCGCAUCGUGUAGAUCAAGAUGACAAGCGUCGCCCUCCCACUGCCGGUGACAAAAUCAGGCAGUCGGCCAACGAGCUUGUGGAGACUCUGAUGCGGGCGCAGCCAUCCUAUAUUCGAACCAUCAAGCCUAACGAAAACAAGUCCCCGAAGGAAUACAACGACCAUAACGUCCUCCAUCAGAUCAAGUACCUUGGGCUUCAGGAAAACGUCCGCAUUCGACGAGCAGGGUUUGCGUACCGUCAGACCUUCGACAAGUUCGUGGAAAGGUUUGCCUUGCUGUCGCCUCGGCUUUCCUAUGCGGGAGAAUACACCUACACGGGCGAUGUGAGGACCGCGUCGGAGAUCAUCUUCAAGGACACAAGCAUCCCCAAAGAAGAAUUUCAAAUGGGGACCACCAAGGUGUUCAUCAAAACCCCGGAAACCCUGUUUGGGCUGGAACACAUGCGAGAUCGCUAUUGGCAUAACAUGGCUGUUCGUAUCCAGAGAGCCUGGCGAAACUACCUCCGUUACCGUGCUGAGGCUGCCACGAGAAUCCAGCGGUUCUGGCGGAAAUCGAAAGUGGGCGUCAAGGAGGUGGAAUUUCGCGACCGAGGACACCAGUUACUGGCUGGCCGGAAAGAGCGCCGAAGAUACAGCUUGCUCGGAUCGAGACGCUUCUUUGGUGACUAUCUCGGCCUCAAUAUGCCAGGUGGAUCGGGUCAAGUGCUCCGGGACUCCAUUCACCUCAAUCCUCAAGAGCGUUGUGCGUUCUCGGCUCGAUGCGAGCUGCUGGUCACCAAGUUCGGCCGAUCUUCAAAGCCGAUGCCCAGGAUUUUGGUUCUCACCAACAAAGCGGUCUACAUCGUGCUCCAGCAUUUCGUAAACAAUCAGCUCCAGAUUCAAGCCGAGAGAACGAUCCCCAUUGGUGCCGUCAAAUACAUUUCGACGUCAAAUCUCCGAGAUGACUGGUUCGGACUGGGAGUUGGGUCUCCUUCAGAGCCAGAUCCUCUGAUCAGUUGCGUGUUUAAAACCGAAUUCUUCCUCCAAUUCAAGACCGUUGCUCCUGGCGGAAUGGACCUCCGAAUCUCCAGCAACCUCGAAUAUAAUAAGAAGCCCGGCAAGCCAGCAGUCGUCAAGGUCCAAAAGGAUCCAUCCAUCCCUCGAGAUGAUCUGUAUAAGUCGGGGGUGAUCCACGUCCCUGCAGGAGAACCUCCGACCUCUGUGUCUCGACCGACUCCACGGGGCAAAGCCAUUGCACGACCCAUCACGACCGGCAAGUUACUUCGACCUGGAGGCCCGGGCGGCCAACCGUCGAAAUCAACCACACGACGACCUGUCCCGGCUGCCAGACCGGCCGUUCAGACUCCACGUCCCGUACCUGCAGCUGUGCCACAUGCCGUAAAUGGCUCACUGCACACUCGAAAUGAAUCAGCAUCGUCGACGCACCGCACAGCGCCUCCUCCACCGCCUCCGCCAGCACCGGCGCCUGCCCCGGCAGCCGUACCCACGAAACCGCAGGCCAAGGUCAAGUUCGACUUCAAUUCGCCCAACGCGAACGAGCUAUCCAUCAAAGCUGGCGAAAUUAUAGAGAUAGUGCAGAAAGAAGGAAAUGGCUGGUGGCUCUGCAAAAAUGUGCAAACGAAUGCGCAAGGCUGGACCCCAUCCGCGUACGUAGAAGAAAUCGAACAGACUCGCACCGCUCCACCGCCUCCUCCGCCUCCUCCUGCUGCUGCUCCUCGCGCGGUACCUACGCCGUCAGUCGUGGUCAAUGGGCACGCCAGACCUGCAGGCACGGCGACGCCGCCUGUUGGAGUGAAAGCGAAACCUACACCGCCUGCCCCGCCGGCCAAGAGACCCGUCCCAGCAGCGGCGAGGAAGCCAGGCGUGUCGCCGGCGCGAGACAGUGGGAUGAGCCUGGGAACGAACAGCGGCACAGAUUCCGGCCGGGCCACGCCCAACAGUAGCAGCGGAGGGAGUCUUGCUGGUGGUCUGGCCGAGGCGCUGCGAGCGCGACAGAGUGCGAUGAGCGGACGGCAUGAAAAGGAUGAGGAUGAUGACUGGUAG